AUGAGGAAGAAGAGGGACUUUGCUCACCCAGUGCGCAGACCUUGUGAUGCUGCGGAAGUACCUUUGCUUAUCACAGCAACCAGACACUGACCAGCAUGGAUUGGAAGAAUGACCUGAGACGAACCCAAUCUAUGAGGAGCAUCCCCUCCUCCAGUGAUAAACCCACCAGGACUGACACAGGACUGCGGGACAAGCUGGCGUCUGUGUCUGAGCUGGUGGCCAGGUAUCAAACCUCAGUGAGGGCAAGUUCAGGAAUCAAAGCAACUUCAAGACACAGCACCCCAGGAGCGACAAAGCCGAAAGGGAUACCAUCUCCACAACUAAGCAGAGAAACCAGCUUGGAGUUUCUGCUGAGGAGAAACGAGGAGAGAAAACCAAGUGGAGCCCAGCCCAGUUUGACCCGCAGUAAAUCCGUGGGAAGCCUUCAAAACAGCAGCGGCUCCAUUGAGGCCCUGAAGGCUGUGUUUGAACCCAAGGGAGCUGCAAAAACCAGAGCAAGGAGCAGUUUCCCUCCUGCAAGCGCCACGCCAAAUGGCAUGGCGGAGACGCCAGUGAUGAAUGGAGAGGCCGAGGACAUGGUGAGCCCUACAGAGGGGAAGAAACUACUCACUGAAAACCACCUCAAAUAUGAUGCAAAAGAACAUCAUGAGACCGAGAAGGUGGGGAGUCAGACCCAGGCAGAGAAGAGGAGGACCAUAGGGGGGAUUGAUUUUGAAAAAAUGGCAGUUUCUCAAGCUGAGGAAAAGAGGAAACUAUUUGCAGAGCAGAGAGAUAACACCGUUAUCCAUACCAAGGACAUCGUGUCAGUCUCAGUCAGAGCCAUUUCUGCACUUUAUAUGUCUAAAGUGGCAACUCAGGACUCGGCACGCAAACUUUCCAAACUGGAACAGCAGCAGACAUUUUCCUCUGAAAAAAGAGCCAAACUAACCAAGAUGGAAGAAGACUCCCAAAAAAGCCAAGAUGACUACCACCAAGCAGAGGCGGAGGACCUUACUGAAGCAUCCUCUGAGCAUUUACAGCACUCCCAACUUUCCAGGGAAAUGUUGUACAAACAACGGCAGAAAUGUGAGCUGAGAAGGCUCCUGAAGCACACUCACCCAGAGCUGAAGAUGCUUGAUAAUAUUGUGGAUGAGGAGUUUGCUGAGGUUUUGAGCUCAGAGAAGGUGGCAGCUGGUGAAACUGGAUAUGAGGGAGAGGUCCUUUCAAGACGCCUGAUAUUUGAGAACCGUGCACUCAGUGACAAAGCAUUUCCUUCCACCCCCAAGAUCCAGAUGGCUCAGGGAGGGGUGGAAAGAUGUGAUUUUAACAAAGCAAUGGCCGUUUUAAAGGAACCAAAGGAGCUACAAAUUGAGAGAGUAGAAGAGGCCCUGGAAGACGAUAAAUCAUCUAAUGCAAAUCUAAGCCGAAAAACAGACAGUGAGGAAGAGCUGAAAAGGAAAGAUGUUCAAGCCUCUAGAAGGAUAUUUGAGAAUCAGUCCAAAAGUAUAUCUAGGUCAAACCAAGAUCGGCCUCAGGGGAAAGUUUCUAUGUUUAGAGACGAGGGAAGUAUACUUGAGAAGCAAAACAAGCAGUCUGAACGCAAAGAGAGGGAACACAGCAGUGACAAAAGUAGCAGCAAAAACAUAGAAGUACAGCUUCAGGUGUCGAGUAAUGAUGCAGUCUCUCAAAGAACAGGCCUCUCUAGUAGUGAAGUGGUGUGUAGUGGUGCAACACUCAGUGAGCAAGAGAGUAUUUCUGAUCCUGGAAACCACGGGAAGAUGAUAAAAACAAGUGCUGUUCUUUUUUCAAACAACCCAUUCAUCUCAGGAAACAUUGAAAAGGAGAAAUCCUUUGAGCGAGAACCAGAAAGUCUGAAUCACGAGAGCGUAGCAGCAGACGACAGGCUGAUCGUCAAUGUCAAGAACAGAACCAAUCUGUUUGAAUCAAUGCCGUUUGACAAGAUCAGACACCAAAACAAGGAGGAUGCUGAGACUCUGGUGGAGAACAUUAAAGAAACUCUGAGUUUCCUUUACCAUAUAAAAGCCAUACACUCAUCUGGCGCCAUUAUUGAGGUGAACGAAACAAUGAAGGCCAAAAGAGCUAAAUUCCUAUUAUUAGAUAGUGGACCUCAGAUCAACUACAAUGACGUGACGGAAGGUGGUGCCCAAAACCUCAUCCUUCAACUGCUACCACGAACUAACCUGAAGCCUCAGAUUACUUACCUAAAGGAGGAUAGCGAGGGAUGCAUGCAGACCAUGGCGGUGGAUGUUCCUCACCAUCAGCAUCAGUUCUGUGCUAACAAAGACACAGAGUUCAAAACUGCCAACGUGGUUCAGCUUGUUGAGGACAUCCUCAAUCAAGACAACUCUCUGAGGAAAGGAUUAAUCAUUCAGGAAAAUGUAAGCAACUUUACAGAAGUUAUUCUUUACUCCCUCUACAAAUACUUUGACGAGCAAGAUGUGAAGAGUUACAGCCCUCCACAAGCGGUAGGGUCAGACAAAGAGAGCAUGGAAACCAUUGAUGCCCCCCAAGAAACAUUUAGAGAUGCUGAGUUAGACAGGUAUGGAGUAAAGGGGAAUGUAAAACUGUUCAAGGAUUGCAUCGAAAAGGGUGACUUUGAGUAUUUGAAAACUCUUCAGGCUGAGUCUGCUGGUCAGCAAGAAGAAUGUUCUGAAAACCAGAAGCUAGCAGGAGAUGAUAGAGAUCAGACUGGACCAGGAGGAGAACAGGCUGUUGAAAGUAACACAGAAUGGGUCCCAGUGGAUAUUAAGAGACUAAAAAGCAUUUUUUCUAAAGACAAAACCAAUAUUCAGGACACUAAUUUUCAAUCUUCCUAUGUUUCUAAUUUAUCAUUUGCAAAAAUUCAAUCUUGUACAGAAUCCAACACUGAAGACGAUGGAAACCUUGCACAAGAGGAACCAUGUCACUCAGUUGUGCCACAGUUUAUAGAGCAGGUUGAUGACAAUGUCCAUCCAGCUAAAGAGGUAGAGACCACUUACCAGGUUUCCACUCUCCAGGCUGCCAUGUAUGACCUCCAACAGGCCACACAUGAAGCCAAAUUGUUAUAUCAAUCUCUGCAAGAAACACAAAAAAUCCCAUUUAUCUCCAAUAAAGCAGAUGUGGAGCCUUUAGGCAGAGAAGCUAAUUUACCUCGAGAUGUAGGGCAAAAAGUGGAGUCGUGUACUGAAGCAGGCUCCCCUGAAUGCUUACCAGCAUCAAACAUUAUCACAGGACAAGAUGAAAUGACAGAGACAGGACACGAAGACAAAAAGUUGGAAAAUGUGCAAAUCUGUGAGGCUAGAAAUGAAAAGGAUCACGACAACGAUGUGAUCCUAAAACAAGAUUUUCAAGCUGGCAUGGCCUUAGCAAGCAGUUCACGGGUGUCACCUGCACUGGACGAGGAACAGGAAGGUGGUCUUCAGGGAAAAAUGCAAGCAGCGUUGGAAUCCUUGGAAAGGUCCAACAUUAAUGUCACGAGAGGAGAUUUUAGGGCAGCCAUGAUUUACAGAAGCUCUUACAAACCUAGUCAAGGAAAACCGCAAAAACUGUCCAAUCAAAAGCCAGAAAAUGAAAAAGUAAGUAAUGUGACUGAUUCUAAAUUAGCUCAACCACCACUAAGUCAAGAAGGGUUAGUAGACAACUCCCCACAUGGCACUGAAUACAAAAUUAAAGGACAAACAAAUGCUGCCUCAAGAAAAUCUGAAAGAUCCACUGGUCCAAAACCAACCAUCCCGCCCAAACCUGAACACUUUAAGGUCAAGCAGGAUCAGUCAAUUGCCUUAAAGAAGCCUGAAGAAACCCAAACUAAAAAUGUAAGAAGCAAAGAACCAAUGUUUCAAUCUCCUCAACCACCAGAGAUGUUAGUUUUAGAUCAAAAUAAACAAUGUAAACCAAAUGAAAGAUCAACGGAACAUCAAAGCCAUGAGGAUAAUAAUAAAUCUGUGGAGAUGUUACUACAAACCAAAGGAGAUCAUGUUCAAAGUUCAGCUAUCACUUUAGAAAGCAACCAAACAGAUAAUUCUAGUACAACUGGACAACCAGAGGUGAGUGCAGCAGUGGAAAGGCAUGGUUCCAAGAAUGCAACAGGAAGAGAUAACAGGAAUAAAACUGAUAAAAACCAGGCAGAUUUAAAGGAGUCAAUUCAAGAUUUAGGUGAGAAAAAGGACCUUUCCAUGAGGACUGCUCCACCAAAACCCAUAAGACUCAAAAUAUUACAGAAUGAGGAUAAAACAAGAAAACACAAAGUUAGCAAUGCAGAUGACAACUCAAAGCCAGUGCAAAGUUAUGUGGACCCACCCUCUGACACUUGUAGACUGACAGAAAUAAGGAAAGACAAGCAGGAGAAGGAGAUGAAGCAAGAAGACAACAUUGAAACUAGAGAAAAGACAGAAGAAAUCCAAAUGGAGGAGGACUGCCAUGAAAGGCUCUCCAUCCACAUGGAUAAGAUCGUCAGAGAGAACAUAACAGCUGCCAUGGAAAUUUGUGACAACUUGCAAAAGCAAGAGCAGCUGCAGAGCAUCCUCAGCCGGGUUGAAGAAAUAGAAAAGGACACAAGCGAGGUCGAUGUCAAGAUCCUGAGGAGAGCAUUCGAGAAUGUCCCUGACUGGGCUGUGAGGUCUGACAAAAGAACAGAAAAAAACAGAGACACCGAGAACAAAGGCAAAAAGUCGCCCAUACCGCAGGAGAAAACUGACAGCACUUCCCCAAUGGCACAUGUUUAUGGCGAUCUUGAGCGAGCUAGUGCAGAAAUCAUUCAUCUAAAAGAGCAGACGAUUGCAAGACUUUUGGACAUAGAAGACGCCAUCAGGAAGGCACUUUACUCAGUGUCCACCCUAAAAUCUGACUCAGACAUUGCAAGUUUGUCGUAUCUUUUAAAGGAAUCUUUUGGGCAAAAAGCAUCUCCUGCUGGUAAUAUCACUCAAAUUACCAUUCACCCAGGCAGCAUGGAGCCACAGGGAGCACAAGAAAGUUGCAUCACCAGAGAAAUCCCAGCUGCCACAGAAACCGCCUCUGCAUCCCAACAACCAAGUCUUCCAUCUACACCUUCACACAUCGCUAUUCAGUCAGAAGCUACAAAGUCGGAGCCACAGAAAACCAGAAUGUGCCCCACCUGUCAGCAGAAUGCAAAAGAGGAGAAAUUUCAAACAACAAAGACGCUAAUGUGCAACAGCCCCACACAGGGCAAAAGAAUGAACAGCAUUCAAAGUGGGCAAAAACCUGAAAUGCUAAUCUCUGAUCGAGAGGUCAGUGUGCUGGAAGUGCAAACUGAUAGUGACGGGAAUGGCAUCACUGGAAGACCAAAAGAAAAUCAGGAAAAAAUGGAUGGCUCAGGAAACCGCUGUUACUCCUCCAAAAUUGUCAUGGCUACUGAGCCAGAAACCAUAAAAGCCACAAGUAAGGCAGUUUUCAGUCCAUCCAAGCAAGAAGUUUCCACCUAUCCUGAAUUUCAGCUGCCAGUCAGCCAGAUCACUACCUUUAAACCCAAGUAACAACUUCUAUCUGCAGUGUUUUGCAUAUUUAUACAGUACUCAAGUGUUUAAUAAACUGGUGUUUUAUUCAUGUAUUAUUAUUCAUGUUAUGUAACAUCUCCCAGAUUUAUUGGCAGAAUCUUACUUAAUUGUAUUCUUUAAAUAUGACUUAAAUCUAUUUAUUUUAAAAAUGAUUUUAUUGUUUC